UGAGACUUUAGAGCACCAUAUACGUGGCACCACCUUAUGCUUUUACCAUACAUCUUUAUAGUAGUAUGCAACAAAUCUUAUCAUGUGUUGUAUAAUCUAGGUACGUAGAUUAUCUAUUUAUGAGUGGCCAAAAACUCGGGAUACUACGCUGCAGGUUGGCAACGGAUCUACGAAUAGGAGUGUUUUUGCCUCGGAGCUGAGAAACAGAAAUGGGGCGGGGAUAUUGAUGCAUUUUUAUAUCAUUCCCUCUAGUCUUCUUUGCACUCCUAAACCUUCCGCUCAUCGAACUUGCGCUAGCCUCUGUUUACAAAUUGAUACACCAGGUCCUUGGCUAUUUGUGUAGCAUUAGACCGCUCCUUACCUACCUAAUAUAUACCUAUAUAUAUUAAAUUGUCUACCUACUAGCACAAUGGAAUCCACAGACAGUAUGAAGAGUCGCGUUCAACUCAGAAUCAAACGUGCAAAAAGCCACGUUAAAAUCAGAUUCAACCAUGGAAAAAGCCGCAUUAAAAGAAUCAAGAAUCGUAUCAAGGGGGAAAGCUCUCAAGCAGCAUCACGGGUACAAACUCCGAUCCCUACAGAGAGAAAUCAGUCAGCAACCCUCCCAAGCCCUGAUUCCAGGACUGUAGGAGGCGCGAGCAAUGAGUCGACAAUCCCACCACGCGUCUCGUAUGACUCUACAAUCCACGGGGUUGGGACGUUAAGCGAACCGUCUCACGACACGGCGCCCCAGAGAGGACAUGAUAAUGAUAGCGCCUCAUAUAUUUCAUUGCCUAACCUUGUUACACAUGCGGGGGACAAUGAAGGCAAUACAGGGGUAGCUAUGGAUAGCCAAAGUGAAAACGAUCCUAGUGUACCUUUGGGCCCCGGCCAACUUUGGGCCGCAGCGUACAAAAGGCUUGAAGAUGAUGAUCCGAAACUUUUACAUACCUACCAGCAGUUCUUACUGAGUAAAGGCCAUAAUAGCCGUAACCACCCACAGGUUGUUAGCGAAGACUGGCAAGCCCAAGUUAAAAAACUCGCCAAGGAAGCAUUAGAGGCAAGCCAGAAGGAAAGGCUCAGUUUCAAGCUACGCGAGAAGAACAUUGUCGUUCGUGAACAACUUGAGAAGGCCAUGGGGUUCAUUGUAUCUGUCAAAGAUAUUGUGGGAGCCGCUAUCUCAUCCGAACCUCAUGCUGCACUAGGAUGGGCAGGUGCUAUGUUUGUUCUUCCGUUGUUGAGCACUAUGUUACAACAAGAUAAGCUUGCAAUAGAAGGCUUCGAAUCUAUAGUAAAUCUUCUAAUCCGUUGCAAACUCGUUGUGGAUGACUUUUUGCAACCUAGUGCUCUAGAUUCUGGGAUCUCUGCCAAUUAUUCGGACACUGUUCAUUCUCUCCAAUCGAAGAUCAUUGAUUUCUACUACAGCGUCUACAAGUACCAGAUUUCGGUUAUCGCGCACUUCAACCGCUCUACUCUAAGUAAACUCUGGAAAGACUUCAGAGUAAAAGAUGACUGGAAAGGAAAGACUGGCCAAUUUAAAGCAACAGAAUUGGAAAUUAGAGAGGAUAUACAAGCCCUGUCAGCGCAUAAAACGAAGGAGAUUGAUAAUAAGCUUGAGGAUCUCUUGUCUGAGAACCAAAACUCUUUGGAGGAAUAUAAGAAGAUUAUGAAAGAGAGCUUAGAGGCUAUAAAGCAUGCCUCAGAUCUCAAAGAUCUUCCUGUUGCUCAUUCCGCAGCGUUUGAAUCCUCGGAAUCAGGGAGACGGUGCUGCACGCCACAAACCCAAUUGAAGAUCCUUAGUCACGUACAAGAAUGGGUAGAGAGUCCUACAAGCAAACCAAUCUUGUGGCUCCAUGGAAUGGCUGGCACGGGCAAGUCUACUAUUUCCCAAACGGUCGCCACAGCCUUGGAUAAGAAGACCUCUUUCGCAAAUGAUUCACAACUAUCCGAUAAUAUCUAUCUCGGUGGUACUUUUUUCUUCAAGCAGGACGACACAAGCAGAAACCAUGCUAGCGUGUUGUUUACAACGCUUGCGCACCAGCUAGCCCAUAAACGAUUUGGCCUUGAAAAAGAGAUAGCUAGAGCUAUCAACGAAAAUGCGAGUCCCAACAUAGGAGUCAAAAGUGUAAAAGUCCAAUGGGAAGAAUUGAUACUGAAGCCUCUCAAAACCAUUCAAGAAUCACUUCCUCGAACGCGUCUGGUAUUGAUACUUGAUGCAUUAGAUGAGUGUCGACACCAGGAAACUGGAACUAUGAGAGCCAAUAUCCGAGACAUCGUUCAAUCGCUGGGACAACUUAGGGAACUCUCCGGGAUUCAAAUUAGGGUUCUCGUAACUAGUAGGAACGAAAGCCACAUCUAUGCAGCCUUUAAUGAGUUAAAGGAUUCGUAUGACCACCACGAACUCCCAAAGGUUACGCUCGAUGGCUCCCACAAUGAUAUAAGCAUAUUCCUGGAAAAUGAGCUGUACGGAAAUAGAAAAGACGACGAAUAUGGUGCACAGUGGCCUACUCCGGUUGAAUUUUCCAAACUUGUUGAGAAGUCUGGUGGUCUUUUUAUCUACGCAGCGACUGCAUGCAAGUUUUUGAGCGUCAAUGACACAGAACUAGCAAAGGAGCGAUUGGAUAAGCUUCUUGAGGGAACUCCCAGCUCGAAGUCUCCGGAGUCCAGUUUGGACUCUAUAUACCGUACAGUCUUGGAUGCUUAUACCAGAGAUUGGACCGAAGACGAAAAGCAAAAAGACCGCCUUAUUAAAGAGACCCUAAGGUUGAUUGUUGUACUUUUCAAGCCCCUACCAAUCAAUUCAUUAGCGGAACUCACGACAAGUAAAAGCCAGGCCUCCAGAGUAAGAAAAUGUCUCGAGAGUGUACGUUCCAUUGUCGACAUCCCGGAAGGCUACGAAUUACCGGUGAGCCUAGUGCACCUCUCGUUCCACGAAUUUCUUUUAGAUGAACAGAGAUGUAAGACAACAGGUUUCUACGUUGAGCCAUCCAUAACACAUAUCCACCUAUUCAAAAGGUGUCUCGAUAUUAUGUCACAGCAACUCCAUAUGGACAUGUGUGAUCUUAAAAAGCCAGGCGUACUUUCGACUGAGAUUCAACGAGACUUGGUUCAGCAGUCCAUUUCACCACUUCUGCAGUAUGCUUGCAGGUACUGGGUUGACCACCUCUUGCUCGUUAGGGAAGCCCACCUACCCCAGGAUAUAUUGUCUGACAAUGGAAAAGUCCACAAAUUCAUGAAAAAGCACAUAUUGAACUGGCUUGAGGUACUUAGUUUGAUAGGAGAGGUUGGAAGCGCCGUCCACGCAAUUAAUCAUCUCAGGACAUUGGUUAAUCCGCAAAUGAGCCUGAAACUAUCUGAUUUCCUCAACGAUUCAUACCGGUUCACUCUUUUCAAUAUAGGCAUCACUCGAGAAGCCCCUCUUCAAGUGCAUUAUUCCUCAGUUCUAUUCAGUCCUUCUUCGAGUAUCGUACGACGUUUAUUCUUGGGGUCACUCAUUGAAUGGAUUACGAAGAUGCCCACUGUAGAAGAUGCUUGGGGUACCGAACUGCUAAAUAUUAAAUGCGAUGGCUGGUUAGAUUCAAUAGCUGCUUCCCCAGACGGCAAAAUGCUUGCUGCGGUGUCGAAUGGGGCGCUCCAGCUCUUUGAAGCUGCCACAGGCACUGAAAUCGUCAAGAUUGAUUUUCGUCCGAAUCAGCACAUCCGCAAAACUUUGUUCUCGACAGACGGACAAUAUGUUGCUUUGGGCUUAGAAAGUGGCCUCGUUCGAUUAUAUGACAUACAAACGAGGGAAACUUCAGAUCUACAGGGCCACAAAAGACGGGUUACUGGUCUGGCUUUUUCUCAAUCUCCUAGCAGCCAUAUAUUCGCCUCAAUAUCAAAUGACGGCUCAUGUUGUGUGUGGGAUUGGUCGAGAAAGAAACCAAUCCAUACACUUCAAACUGCCAAGGAGCAUACGACAGCAGUCGGAAUUUCUCCUGAUGGCAACUUCGUGGCAGUAGGGUCCAUGACUGCUAAUCGGUUUCGUGAAUCAACCCUCCAGGUAUGGGAUAUAAAUACAGGAGAAUCGGUAAUUACGUCGGAUGAUAUUGAGUAUAUCCGGUCUAUCACAUUCUCUCACGACGGAGAUUCCAUGGCAGUGGCAAUAUAUGAUACUUCGCUUAAGUUGUACGAUACUAAAACAUGGCUUUCACGAUUCACAUUAUCCUUUCUCACGCUGUUAUCAGUGGCAUUCUCAUCUGACGGGAAGAUUCUAAAAAUUUGCAGUGGAACAUGGACUAAAAUAUAUUUUUACAAUGCAGUUUCCGGAGAAAAAAUUCGCGGACCGUAUGUCCCACCUUAUAGUUGUUGGGGUGCGGUGUUUUUUCCUAAUGGAAAAAUCAUAGUCUUGAUGUUAGGUGACAGCAUGCGACUAUGCAGCCUUACUGCUAGCAACGAGGAGAGAUUGCCCUCGUAUGACAUCAUUGCUGUUACACCUCUUGAUUACAAUAGUGUCAUGGCAGUUUAUGACGGUACGACUAGCUUUUGGGAGUUGAAUGAGUUCAAAGUCGUCCAAGAAAUCCCCCGCAGGUUAGAAUGCUCGUCCAACAGCAGAUUUGCCGUGCAUUAUUCCGAGAAUUCUAUUGAAAUAUGGUCCACCGUAACCCGAGACCUCGUCGAGCAUUUUAAAGGCACCGGAAAAAUCCAUUUCUCGCCCUUUGGUGAGAUUUUAGCUUUGGUUUCAUCUGAUGUUUCAUAUAAUAUAAUUCAGAUUCUAGAAAUCGACACUUGGAAAGAGCGCACAAAUCUCACCCUUCAAUACAGUCCUGCACCAUUAUACGUCGAGUUUUCGUCAGGUAACAAGCCUAUACUCUGGAGACGGCGAAGUGAUUUAGAUGAAGGCUCUUACUUAGAGAUAUUUAUCCUAGAGAAGCAUGGCCAUUUUCGCUCAAUGGAAUACAACAACGUUGGCUAUCCUACAUUCUCGCCGGACGGUAAAUGGAUGGCCUUUGAGGAAUGUAAAAAAGGCCCUUAUGUCCAUCUAUUCGAGGUAGAGACGCAACAACAAAGAGCCAAGCUACCGUACAACAGAAGACGCAAUCCGAAAAUACUUUUUUCACCGGACAGUACUCUUAUCGCCAUACUAGCCAACAGGAUGUUCACCCUAUGGGACAUGACCCAGAAUGUCAGGGUGCACAAUCUGGAGGUAACUGAUUCGUCCUGCCUCAUCGCGAUAUCACUAAAUGGAGAAUUUGUUCUGGAUAUCGACGAUCAAAUGAACAUAUGUGAUCUUAAAACUAAUCAAGUGGUAACCCUGCCUUCUGGCGUAUUGGACUAUGGUUUAUCCUUCUCAAAAGACAGUGAAUACUUGAUUAGUCCCAGGGGUCGCCUACCAUACCGGUCUACUGGUAGAGACCUCGAUUACCUUUACGUCAGCGAGAACUGGGUGCUCCAAGGAGGCGAGAGACUGUUGCGGCUUCCCCAAGCAUAUAUCCCGGUCGUUGACAACGUAGUGGUAAAAGGAGCCACCAUUGUUCUGGGAGUUCAGUUCAGCUCUCCGGUGUUUAUCACAAUUGAUCUCGAAAAUACCCCCUUGGCGAAGCGACGUAAGGAAUCUUUACAAGUUGAGGUAGUAGGCUCCAGAAUCACAGAAGUGGAGUAGUUUGUUAGUACACAUGAUCUGUUUUGGCUAGGUACAUUCAAGAGAAAGAUGGACACUAUUAGAGUUAGGUGUUUCCCUUACUUUGGUAAAGCCAUGUAAUGUAUUUUAGAUCAUAGGCACACAGGUCUAUAGACUAUAAGUCAGCA